AUGGUGCCACCGCUUCCCACGGCUCCCGGCCCGCUGCCGCCUGUGCUGCUGCUGCUUUUGCUGCAGCUGUGCAGGGGUCUGCGCGCUGAGGACAGUGGCGCCAUGGAGGAGAUCGCCACUGAGAAGGAGGCGGAGGAGAGCCACCGGCAGGACAGCGUGAGCCUCCUGACGUUCAUCCUGCUCCUCACCCUCACCAUCCUUACCAUCUGGCUCUUCAAACACCGCCGGGUGCGCUUCCUGCAUGAGACCGGCCUGGCUAUGAUUUAUGGACUCAUUGUGGGGGUGAUUCUGCGGUACGGCAUUCCUGCUACCAGUGGCCAUGAUAAGUCUCUCAGCUGUUCUCAAGAAGACAGACCAUUCAGUACUCUGCUAGUUAAUGUCAGCGGGAAGUUCUUUGAGUACACGUUAAAAGGAGAAAUUAGUCCUGGAAAGAUCAAUAACGUUGAGCAGAAUGACAUGCUGAGAAAGGUAACUUUUGAUCCAGAAGUAUUCUUCAAUAUUUUGCUGCCACCAAUUAUUUUCCAUGCUGGAUAUAGUUUAAAGAAGAGACACUUUUUCAGGAAUCUUGGGUCUAUUCUGGCGUAUGCUUUCUUAGGAACUGCUGUCUCCUGUUUCAUUAUUGGGAAUCUUAUGUAUGGUGUGGUGAAGCUCAUGAAGCUCGUAGGACAGCUCUCUGACAAAUUUUACUACACAGAUUGUCUCUUGUUUGGAGCAAUUAUCUCUGCCACUGAUCCAGUGACUGUUCUGGCCAUAUUUAAUGAACUACAUGCUGACGUGGACCUAUAUGCCCUUCUUUUUGGAGAAAGUGUCCUAAAUGAUGCUGUGGCCAUAGUGUUAUCCUCGUCUAUCGUUGCCUACCAGCCAACUGGAUUGAAUACCCAUGCUUUUGACGCAGCAGCCUUCUUUAAAUCUGUGGGAGUAUUCCUGGGAAUAUUCAGUGGCUCCUUUGCCAUGGGAGCAGUGACUGGAGUCGUGACAGCUCUAGUAACCAAGUUUACUAAGCUUCACUGCUUCCCCCUGCUGGAGACUGCUCUCUUUUUCUUAAUGUCCUGGAGUACCUUCCUUUUAGCAGAAGCCUGUGGGUUUACAGGUGUUGUCGCGGUCCUCUUCUGUGGAAUUACCCAAGCUCAUUACACCUACAACAACCUGUCAGUGGAGUCAAGAAGUCGAACAAAACAACUUUUUGAAGUGCUCCACUUCCUGGCAGAGAACUUCAUAUUCUCCUACAUGGGCUUAGCCUUGUUCACUUUCCAGAAGCACAUUUUCAGCCCUAUAUUCAUCAUUGGAGCUUUUAUUGCUAUCUUCCUGGGAAGAGCUGCACACAUUUACCCUCUCUCAUUCUUCUUGAACCUGGGCAGAAGACAUAAGAUUGGCUGGAACUUUCAACACAUGAUGAUGUUUUCAGGCCUUCGAGGAGCAAUGGCUUUUGCAUUGGCCAUCCGGGACACGGCGACUUACUCUCACCAAAUGAUGUUCUCCACAACUCUCCUGAUUGUCUUCUUCACUGUUUGGUUCAUCGGUGGAGGAACGACCCCCAUGUUGUCAUGGCUGAACAUAAGAGUCGGUGUCCAGGAUUCAUCAGAAGAGGAUCUCAGUGAAACCCGCUGGAGGUAUUUCAGAGUUGGAGUUGAUCCAGAUCAAGACCCACCACCCAGCAAUGACAGCUUUCAAGUCUUGCAGGGGGAUGGUCCAGAUGCUACCAGAGGAAAUCGAACAAAGCAGGAAAGUGCCUGGAUAUUCAGGCUAUGGUACAGCUUCGACCACAACUACUUGAAGCCUAUCCUCACUCACAGUGGACCACCAUUAACGACAACCCUUCCAGCGUGGUGUGGGCUGCUGGCUCGGUGCCUAACCAGCCCACAGGUGUAUGAAAAUCAGGAACAGCUGAGAGACGAAGACUCUGAUUUUAUCCUGAACGACGGCGACCUCACGCUGACAUACGGAGACAGCACCAUAACAGCAAAUGGCUCCUCGGGCUCCCACACGGCCACCACAAGCCUCGAGGGCCGGAGAACAAAAAGCAGCUCGGAGGAGGCGCUAGAACGAGACCUGGGCAUGGGAGACCACGAAGUUUCAAACCGGGGCACCCGACUGGUAUUUCCUUUGGAAGACAAUGCAUGACCCCCAAAUUCCUAAAGCAUAAGGGUAGGCCCAUAGCCAGAGCGAAGAGGGGGGUGGCAGGCCCCCCUGUGUCGUUUGAGGUGGAAGGUGGUCAGGGACCUGAACUGACACUUCUAUUACCAAUGGUUUUAUUGAGGUCUGAAGAUCCAAACCUUAUUGUGACUUCCCCACCCCCCAAUUUCCCCCCAAAAAAAAUUUCAUUAAAGAUGCAGGUGGUGAGGUUAAAGUGUUUCCAAAUUAAGACAAUAAUGA